AUGGACAGCAACCAGUCACAGCCUCCCAACUCGGACUAUGACCUUUCCACACCAAUAAAUUCCGCAACAGGUCUUCGACAAGGCCUCGCCUCAUAUGGCGACGCACACUUCUCACUCUUCCUCCGGAAAGCUUUCAUAAAAGCCGCUGGUUUCGGUGAAGACGCUCUAUCACGACCCAUCGUUGGAAUCAUCAACACUUUCUCGGCUUUCAACCCAUGCCAUGCCAACGUACCGCAACUCAUUGAGGCCGCGAAGCGCGGCGUUCAACUCAAUGGCGGGCUGGCGAUCGAGUUUCCUACCAUUAGCUUACAUGAGUCUUUCUCAAGUCCGACAAGCAUGUAUCUCAGAAACUUGAUGAGCAUGGACACGGAGGAAAUGGUUGCUGCUCAGCCGGUUGAUGCUGUGAUCAUGAUAGGGGGCUGUGACAAGACGGUCCCGGCGCAACUAAUGGGUGGUAUUUCUGCAAACAAGCCAGUCUUACCUCUUGUCACCGGCCCAAUGAUGCCCGGCUCGAACAAAGGUACUCGUAUAGGCGCUUGCACUGACUGCAGAAACAAUUGGGCCGCUUACCGUGCUGGAGAGAUCGACAUCGAGGAGAUCUCGGACAUCAACAGCGAGCUUGCGCCUACAGGCGGGACCUGUGGUGUGAUGGGAACCGCAAGUACCAUGGCUUGCAUUGCUGUCGCUCUGGGAAUGAUGCCUUUCAACAGCGCCACUGCACCAGCCGUCUCCUCAGCACGACUCAGAGUGGCUGAAGCAACUGGUGGAAGAGCUGUCGAGGUGGCGGCUUCGAAGCGGAAACCGCAGGACGUCCUGAGCAAGGAGAGCUUCUUGAAUGCCGUCACUGUACUGCAAGCUAUCGGUGGCUCGACGAACGCUAUCGUCCAUCUCAUGGCCAUUAUCAAUCGCCAUCCAGCCGUUGCUGGCGAAGUCACGCUCCAGACUGUCGACGAGAUCGGCCGCAACGUUCCGCUCCUAGUCGACCUCAAGCCAAGUGGCGAUAACUACAUGACUGAUUUCCACAAUGCCGGUGGCAUGCUCGCGCUGAUGCACACCCUCCGCCCGCUCCUGCAUCUCAACGCGAAGACUGUGUCUGGCAGGACGAUCGGCGAAGAGCUGGAUGCCACUCCAUUCAAGCCGUUCCCGUACUCUUCUUCCAUCAUACGUUCGCUUUCGGAUCCGCUGUACCCGAAAUCUUCGCUCAUUGUCCUUCAGGGCAACCUGGCCCCGAAUGGCGCUGUAAUCAAAGCUUCGGCCUCGAAAGAGAGGCGCCUGCUGUCCCAUUCUGGCCCUGCCGUGGUGUUUGAGAAUACCGCAGAUCUGGCCAAACGAAUAGACGACCCCGAGCUACCUGUAACAAAAGACUCAGUCUUGGUCCUGAAAAGCAUAGGCCCGGUCGGCAACCCAGGCAUGCCAGAAGCAGGCGUGAUCCCGAUACCUCGAAAGCUGGGAAAUCAGGGUGUGAAAGACAUGCUCCGCAUCUCCGACGGAAGGAUGUCUGGAACAGCUGGCGGUACAAUCGUCCUCCACGUCUCGCCAGAGUCGGCAGUAGCGGACAGCAUCUUCGGAAUUGUGGAGAAUGGAGAUAUCAUUGGAUUGGAUGCAGAGAAAAGAGAGCUAAUACUUGCGGUGGAGAAGAAUGUGAUUGAAGAGAGGAUUGAGAAAAGAAAAGCGUCGUUGAAGGAGACUGGGUUCGCGCAGGGAAGAAGCACAAAGCCAAAAAGAGGCUAUAGAGGCCUAUACGAGUCGAGGGUCAACCAGGCGGAGCUUGGGGCAGACUUCGACUUCUUGAGGGCGGACGGCGCAGGAGCGGUGUGA